CAUGCGUAUUGAAAUUGCUCAAAGGAUCAGUCCACUUCCGUUUCGAUAAUACAAAUUUACCCACGCUAAUUAGGAACUUCUUACACCUUCUUUUAUGAUAAAAUUUAUCUUAGAAGGCUUUAUUUCUUUAAUUGGAAAUUUUAGAUAAACGGACAACAAUCUGAACGGUGGAUAUGUGACCAGAACAUCUGUGAAAUUGUUGAAAAUUGACACUUGUCUCAGUGGUUCAUUCAUGAAAAUGAUAAUUUUACAGUACACAAACUUUUAAAUCAUUUUGUAUACAAAUCAGACAGUUUUAUACAUAAAAACUUUCAGCAUAAAUUAAAUUUGAAGUUGCAGUAAUGGAACGAUUAAAGAAAAGACUGAGUUUUCGGAAAAAGAAAGACCAUGUACCAGAAUGCUCAAAACCACAUCAGUGGCAAGAAGAUGAGAAAAAAGUUAGAGAUGGAACAUGUAGUUUUCAAGUGCGGUAUUUAGGUUGUAUGGAAGUGUAUGAAUCCAGGGGAAUGCAGGUUUGUGAAGAAGCUGUUAAAACGCUCAAGUCACAAUGUAAAGGAAAAUACCAGAGAGCAAUAUUGUAUGUAUCUGGUGAUGCAUUACGAGUUGUGGAUGAAAUAAGCAAGAGCAUGAUUGUAGAUCAGACUAUAGAAAAGGUGUCGUUCUGUGCUCCAGAUAGAAACCAUGAGAAAGGAUUUGCUUACAUUUGUCGUGACGGAACAACACGACGAUGGAUGUGCCAUGGCUUCUUGGCCGUCAAGGAGUCCGUAAGUUUCUUCAGAGGCAGACACAAAAAUAGACGUUCUGGAGAAAGACUGAGCCAUGCUGUGGGCUGUGCAUUUGCUAUAUGUUUAGAACGUAAACAGAAAAGGGACAAAGAUGUGACAACUAACGUUACAGUGUCCUUCAACCAAGACAAAACCAGUUUUACACGGAUGGGAUCCUUCCGUCAAGCUACCUUAACUGAAAAAAUUGUUGACCCACAAAGUGCUAUUAUAGCUGAACCUGUUCCUGUAAGAUCAGUUGAUAACCCUUUUGCGGUUGGGCGACCCAAAGCAACAAAUGAUAUGUUGAUAAGGCAGGGAUCAUUCAGAGGGUUUGAGAAGCUUCAAGAUUCAUCACCUUUCAAAAGAACAACUUCACUACGUCUAAGUGACCUACCAUCAACAUUACAAAGACAAAACGCCAUAACAGACACUUCACCUCCAAGACACCCUGGUGCUGGUGUAAGUGAACCAAUACAAGAAAUGUCACCAACAAAAGAACAAGAGGAAUCUAUAUCUCAACUGUGUAAACAGUUGUCACAAGGGUUAUCUGCCCUUAGUAAUGAUGAUCCAUUUUCCAGCAAUUUUCGGUCUUCACAAUCAAAUCAUACUUCACCUGCAUUCCAGAAAGCACCACAACAAAAUACUCCACACACAGCUUAUACAAAGCAACCAGCACCACAACCUGGUACCCAAACAAAUCCUUGGGCUCCUACUUGGCCCCAACAGACUUCUACAAACCCCUUUUCUGUGCCUCAAGGAUCUGUGACUAAUGGUGUUCCACAACCUCCCCCAAGGGUACAACAACAUAUGCGUAGUCAUUCCAUAGACAGUGGGGAAAUGUCAGGAUUUCCCCGGCAAUAUAACAAACCAUCACUUUCGGAAAUGUCCGGUCAACGAAGUUUUCAACAAAAUGGUAGUGCUUGGUCUUCAUCGUCCGCGGCGGCACAAGGCGUAGACCCUUUCGAUGUGGCAUGGGCAGCUAAGACUACUAGUAAACAAAGUAAUCCUUUUUCAGCAAAGGUUUAACAGGACAUUAUAAAUAUGAAAUUUUUAUUUUUCAUUUGCCAAGUUAUACUAAAUACAAAGAUUUACCAAUACCUCGGUGCAUUUAUUUGUGCUUAUGUACAUAUCAGUGUCGACAAAUUUCAACGGUAUAACUUGGUUUUCAGGAUUUUCGCUCAGAAACCACCAUCUUCAUGGAACAUAUAUAGUUAUAUUCCUUAUAUGCUGGAAACAAGCGAUUCUGAUGAGAAGUUUUUGUUAAAUGUAUAAUGGCAGAAAAAGGUUUUGUAUUAAUAUUCAGAUCAUCAUUGGAAAACAGAUGUAGAAUUGACUACAGAAGAAUAUAUGGUAUUCAUCACCAUUUAAGCAAGAAGUCAUAGAGAAGUGAUUACUACUUAAAAAGAAUAGAGAACUUGUAAUCAGCUACCAUUUUUAUAUGUAAACAAUAAGACAAUAAGGACUCCAAUGUUAAUAAGAUUUACUGCAGGGUCGGGGUAAGACUAUUUUAUUCUAAUUAUAUAGAAGUGUUGUUCCCAUAGGAUACAAAUCUGUGAUUUUUUUUAUUUGCAUAUAAGGUGCUUUUAUAAAUAAAAACCCCUGUGUAUAUAUUAUUUUGCACCAUAUUUGUAUAUUUUUACACCUAUAUAUGUGACAGUAUUUUAGUUGUUUUAGCUGGUCUAAUUUUAACCAGACAUUUCGGUCCUGUCACGUACAUAGUUGUUUUCUAUUUUGUUAUAGGUUGUUGGCUUUAUUUUCCUAAUUUCAUUAUUACAUGGAAAAUAAACAGAAUAAAGGUUGUUAUUGAUAUCAUGCAAAUUUUAUAACAUUAUUUUAUUUUAUCGCUGAGUUGUGAUCAAUAUAUGUUUUUUUGGGGUCCAAUGAAUUUUUCGUCUUUUUAUAUAUGUUAAAAUUAAGAAUUACACAAUAUAUUCUAGAAAUAUUUUUUAUGUAGAAUUCUUAUGAUUUCUCUGAUAACUGCAUACAAGCAUAAACUUACUUUUAAAUGAAUAUUUUGAAAUUUGGUUCAAGGCAAAAAACUUGUUUUUAUCAUAGAACACUCUUUCAUUAUAUGAUUAAAGCUUGGUAAAGGUAAGUUAUGACAAGAGGAUUAUUGUGUGCCUUCUUCAAAUUUUCAUUCCAUUUCCAUAAGAAAAAAACAGGAAUCCACUUUUUUCUCAAUAUUGUUGUAGAACAUUGCACAGGUUUUUUCCCCACUAGCUUUAUAAUUGCCUUAUCAAAUAGAUGUUAUAAUUUUGACAAUCAUGUGCUAGUAGAUUGAAAUUUAGUUUUUGUGGCACAUAAAAGCUUAUAUCAAAUAGAUCAAAUUUCUGUUUUAUUUGUGAUUUUAUCUUAUAGAAAUAACAAACAUGGUUUUAGUCGGAAUGCCAAAAGAUUCAUUGAUAUUUUCUCUUCUUUAAGCUUUAAUAAGGGCUGUCACUCAUGCAAGCACAGUGUUAUUUUGUCAUGGUAUGCAGUUAUCACUGAAUCCAAGUAUAAAUAAUGAGUUAUGAUUAGAAAAUUUGUACAGGAACUGCAUGGUUUAAAUAACUAGAAAAUCAUUCUAACCCAAGACUAUCAACAAAUCUUUAAAAUACAUCAAUGAAAGGGAGAAUAAUUGAAUAUUCUCCCUUUUGCCCAUAAAUAAGGGAGACAAAUUGUAAAGCCUUCCAUAAGGGGUUUUUCUUUUUUUGCUUGUGUGUUUUCGUGUUUGUUUUUUUUAGUUGUUGAAAUUUCUAGAAAUUACGGCCAUUACUCCAGUUUAAAAAUUACAGUCCAUGAUUAAGAGAGAUAAUUUGAUAAACUUCUAUUUGAGUUUUAUUGGAUUUUUUUUGAGUGCUUUUUAAGGGGGAGGCAUUUUAGAGAAAUUACAGACAUUAUUUAUUCUUGGGGUGUCUUGACACAUGCUUGUAUUAAGAUGAUAUUACAUGAUUUUACUGUAGUGGUUCCAUUUGAAGACUUUAUCAUACACAAAUCAUCAGUCAGUUAUCACUCAGAUUGAUUUUAUUGAUCUUUUUCCCAUGCAGUUCCUUUUUCAAGGUCAGUAUAUGUGUAACAAUCAUUUCAAGGUCAAUAGAUUUUUUUUCAUACUUAUUUUUUAUACCCAAUGUAAAUGGUUAUGUUAUUCACAUGUGGAAAAAAAAAUGAAAAACUUAUUAUAUGUAAUGCGAUAUCUUUAAGUUAAGUUGUAUAAUAGCCUCUUUUUUCACUACAUGUAUCAAUAGAUUCCUUUUUUGAAAGGCCAAAAAAAAAAUUGAUAAAGUGUAGGGAGUAAAUGAGUAGAUAUAUGAUUUGAUGAAUUUAUACACUUUGAAAGACAGAAUAGACUUUCCAGGAUUGAUAAGUGUGUUUGAUGUUUAUAAAUCCUGUACAUCAGCAACAUUUAUCCUGGGAAGUCUCUUUCUGUACUGUAUAAACCUUGUGUUUGAUAUUCAAUCAUGUAAGAUAAUAUUAAGUAGUCCUAUCUGUAAAUUUGUAAAAAUCUAUGUCAAUGUUUUAUACAUCAAAGCUCUAGGAAUAUAACCUAUCUUAACAGAAGUUUUGCUUCAAAUCAAGGAAAAACAAGCUAAUAAUUGUUUAAAAGCGUUCUAACUCCCUUUAUAAAGUUCAUAUUGAAUUAAAUUUAUGAUAUAGGCCCUGCUUUCUACUAAAUAAAAAUUCAGCCUGUCUUUUCAAAUUUAACUUUAAAACACCUUUUAAAUGACUAGUGUAGGAUAAAACAACUUUUACUGGAAACAAACUGUUUACACAAAGAUUUGUCACAACACAAAUAAUUGUUGAUACUUGGGUCACUUGAAAAGAAAGUUCCAAUUUUAAAACAACAAGUCAGUGCAGACUAACAAAAAUCUUUUUUGUUAAUGUAAAAGAUUACCCUGAUGUACCAACAGAUAAAUAAUCAGUAUUUUUUGUAUAAGAGGCAUACAUAUAUAGGAUGGAUUUUCAUUUAAUUACAAAUCCUUUUUAGAUGGUAGUUUUUCCUUGAAAAUUACUGUAGUGUUUAAUGUGUCAUACAACACACAAAACUUUUCAAUUAAGACUUCAAUAUCUGAAGAGGAAAUGUUUUUACUCAAGUCCUGAUAAUAUUAUGGUAAUAUUAUGUAAAAUAUGUUUUCUGCUUUUUAUCUCCAUUGGCUUAUAGCACAUUUCUUAAUUAUCUUGAUUUCAUCAAAGCUAGUAGAUUUUUUUAUCAGUUUAUAGCAAAAUUGAAAUCCUUUUGCCCUUCAUUUUGAUUGAAGGUCAUAUUAAGGGGCAAAAUGAAACUUUUUUGUGUUACCCCUGUUUCGAAAGUAUUGGUCAUAAUCUUUUUAGGUCACCUUAUAUAAGGAAAAGAUUUAAAGAAAUAUAAGAUUGUGCUUCAAGUCUGUACUUUGUAUGUUUAAUAUCAAAUAGUUGUUCUUGUCAACUGACAUUUAUCCAAAGAUCAUUCAUCAUAAAGUAAAUAUUCAUACAUUUUAAUCAUAAUUGUCUGUUAAAACCAGUUAUAUACAGUAUAAUAACUUUGAAAAAUAUACAAUAAAAUCAUUUCAGAAAAUCAGCUCACCUUGUCCCAUUCUCUUGCCUCAUUCAAAAAGUAUAAUAUAUAUCUAUAUAUAUACAUAUAAAAAAAGUUAUAUAUAAACAUACAUACACAGGUUGUUGUAGAGAUUUUUUUAUUUAUAAUAUCAAGGUUGUAUUUUUUUGUGAUACUAUAUUUUAAAAUCUACUAAUUAUUUGGAUGAAGAUGUAAAACUUUUUAUUUCUGUAAACUGAAAUGGUGUCUUUUUUAUUAGAUUAUUAUUAUGAACUUUAUUUUUAUAUUAUAUGAGAAUGUUCUAAAAUAAUAGAAUUUUCUACUUAAUAGAUUUUACCAUUAUUUUUUACUUGUUGGGUACUUUUAAGCAAAGUGUUAAAAUCGGCUAGUAAUAUUUUUUUUUAUUUCCUGGAUUGAAAUAGAAAAUGACUAUAUAAUGAUUAUUUAUCCUUUGCUACAACUUGUAAUUUAAAAAGGAAUAGGCUUGAAAUAUAAGAGUGCAUGAAUUUUGUAUUUUAAUUAUUGCAGGAAGAUAUUUGUCAAAGAAAUCUAAUUUUUCUUCAAAGCUUUAUCAGUAUUUACAUUAAAUAUUAAAUUAUUACUGAAAGUAAAUGAUUACGUUUUCACAAAAUGAAGGAUUUUGAAUGUGAAACUUUGCAUAUAUUUAAUUUGAUGUUUUCUAGUUUCUAACUGUUAUAAGCUUGCUCUAAACAUUUAAACACAGUAAUUUUAUUCCAGAGUUUGUGAAGGUUAAAUAGUUAACCCAACCUACUGGACCAAAUGUUAAAUAAAACUUUAAAAAAAAAUAUUGGUAUAAUUUUAAUGAUUGUCCAAUGAACUUUUGUCUGACUGGUACCUUAUAAAUGAUGUUGACUGGACAACAUGUGGUAAAUUGUUUUUUGGUCCAACCAGCAUAUUUUAACAAACUCUGUUAUAUGAUAAAAGGUCAUGAAACCAGGAAAUAAAAUAUGAAUAUGGAUUAUUGUUGUUGGCUGCUGGUCUGAAUUGAUUUUAUCAUAUUUAUAUUCUACAUAAAAUAAACUUAAUCAUGCAAAUA